AUGUCCAUCUCCGCCUUUGACUCGCGAAUCUUCCGCGAUCUGUUCGGUACAGAGGAGAUCCGUCACAUCUUCAGCGAUGAAGCCUACGCUCAAUAUCUCGUUCAAACUGAAGCGGCGUUGGCUCGUGCCGAGUCCACGGUCGGAGUGAUCCCCCGCGACGCCGGAGCUGCAAUCACGGCUGCCCUUGAUACGGUUAAAUUGGACUUCGAGAGAUUAUCACAAGAGACCGAGAUUGUUGGAUACCCCGUUCUUCCGCUAGUCAUGCAAUUGGUGGAGCACACCCCCGAAGCGAUGGGGAAGUACAUCCAUUGGGGUGCAACCACCCAGGACAUCAUGGACGUGGCCUCGAUGUUGCAAAUGAAAGAAGGAUUGAAGUUGGUCGGGAGGAAGCUGGACACACUCAUUGAGAUCCUGACCUCUUUGUCGGAGAAACACCGGGAUACUCCAAUGGCUGGUCGAACCCACCUCCAGCACGCACUGCCCUGUACCUUCGGAUACAAAUGUGCCGUCUAUCUUUCUAGUAUCUUACGACACAAGGACCGACUUCAACAACUGCGAGAACGGUGUCUCUUAGUCCAGUUCGGAGGCGCCGCGGGCACACUCGCCUCCUUGGGAACUGACGAUAGUGGACUGUGCGUUCGAGCACAGCUAGCCAAGGAAGUAGGUCUGGAAGACCCCAUGAUCACAUGGCACGUGGCUCGCGAUAACAUUGGGGAGAUCCUUGGGUAUCUGGCCCUGAUUGGAGGAACACUGGGGAAAAUCGCCCUGGACCUCAUCAUCAUGUCUUCGAACGAGAUGGACGAGGUCUCGGAGCCGUUUGUGCCUCACCGCGGAGCAUCUUCUACUAUGCCGCAGAAGCGGAAUCCAAUCUCCAGCGAGGUGAUUCUGGCUGCAUCAAAGUUGCUGCGAUCCCAUGCCUCCUUGGGGCUGGAUGCUAUGGUGGUGGACUUUGAGCGAGCGUCGGGUCCCUGGCACCUGGAAUGGGCGGCCAUCCCCGAGGCAUUCACGGUGGCAGUGGGUGCACUGUACCAAACUAAUUUUGUUCUCGGGGGACUGGUAGUUAAAGAAGCCUCGAUGAUGAAAAAUCUCCUUUGUACCAGAGGAUUGAUCGUUGGAGAAGCGGUGAUGAUGAGCCUAGGCGAGUUCAUCGGUCGACAACAGGCCCACGACGUGGUAUACAAUGCAUGUAAGGCGGCUAUAGAAGAGGACCGGGCAUUAUUGGACGUUCUCAAGAAGGACUCCCGUGUGGUGGAACAGUUGGGAGAAGACAAAUUGGCACAGUUGUGCGAUCCGUUGAAUUAUCUUGGGAGUUGCCAGUUGAUGGUCGAUAGAGUGGUCAAUGAGGCCAAAGGGCCCAGAAAGCUUGUCGAUAGCGUAUAA